AUGGAAAGUAGGAGAAAGAUACGUAGCGUCCGCCUUAGGACAGAAUUGCCGUGUUUGGCCUCCGCGGCCGUUUUCUCCAACCCCGCGACGGGAUCCCCUCUGACUUUUCGGCGUGUAUUGCCCAUAUUGGAUGGGGGUCACUUUCACCACCACUUAUUGCCCCUCCCCCUCUUUCCACCCGCGCGCCCCCUCCACUCGUUCCAUGGUCCAUCAAGAUUUCAUCCCGCAACAUCCACCAUUGAGCCAAUCCACGCCUCGUCUUCGAAGGCGGACGCGGCAUUCUUUCCGGGAAAAAGCUCAAACUUGACCAUGUAUUCGUACUUUCCAAUGCUUUCUCAAAGCAAGAAUAUCCAUUCCGUUGUCAUCAUCUCGUACCUGGUACUCGAUACACUUGAGAUGGAUAUUUCGGCGUACUUGUACUCGAGCCGAGUCGAGAAUUCCUCACUCGGCUAUAGAUCAAAACUAGCAGCUUCCCAGGUCGUCGGCUUGCUUGGUAGGAGUAGCUCGGUGCUUCCCCCCACCGACCAAGUCUCUCUCGUAACCCGCAUUUCCGUUUUGCAUCACACGCCUCCGCCGAUUCGCCUUCCAAUUUCUUGGAAUCACUUUCGCACUUACAUACCCCUUGCUCUUAACAACAUCGUCGUAGCUUUCUUCUUCCCUCUCCAAAUCACUUCUACAUCUCACCCAGCAUCCAGACCUCCGUCCUUCACGGCGCGAGGGACCUCAAGAUCGAAGCUCCGAGAAUCCCAGGCAGACGCACCGUCAAACGCAAGAUCUAACUCGGAGCGACAGGAACAAAGACAACUCCCCGCCCUCGCGCCAGGCGAAGUCCAAGUCGCCGUAAAGGCCACCGGCCUCUGCGGCUCCGACCUGCACUACUACAACCACUUCCGCAACGGCGACAUCCUCGUGCGGGAACCCUUAACCCUCGGUCACGAGUCCAGCGGCGUCGUCACCGCCGUCGCCUCGGACGUCUCUAACCUUGCCGUCGGCGACCACGUCGCCCUCGAGGUCGGCCAGCCCUGCGAGGCCUGCGAACUCUGCGCCGCGGGCCGCUACAACAUUUGCAAGGGCAUGAAGUUCCGCAGCUCCGCGAAGGCGUUCCCGCAUGCCCAGGGCACCCUUCAGGAGCUGGUGAACCACCCGGCAAAGUGGUGUCACAAGCUCCCCUCAGAAGUCUCCCUCGAAUUCGGCGCCCUCGCCGAGCCCCUCUCCGUAGCAAUGCACGCCCGCGACCGCGGCAACCUCCCCAGCAACUCGACCGUCCUCGUCUUCGGCGCCGGCGCCGUGGGUCUGCUCUGCGCCGCCGUGAGCAAAGCCGACCAGCAGCGCGUCGUCAUCGCCGACAUCCAGGCGGACCGCGUGCAGUUCGCGCUCGACAACGGCUUCGCCGACGCCGGCGUCGUCGUCCCCGCGCAGCGCCCGCAGACCAUCGAGGACAAGCUUGCGUACGCGCAGAGCGUCGCGGAGCUGGUUAAGAAGGCCGAAAUUGGAGGGGCGGCGGUGGGCGAGGUGAAUGCGACGUAUGAGUGUACCGGCGUCGAGACGUGCAUGCAGACUGCCAUCUUUUCCACACGCCCGGGCGGCAAGAUCCUCAUCAUCGGCAUGGGCACCCCGAUCCAGACGCUGCCCAUCUCGGCGGCGGCGCUGCGCGAGGUUGAUUUCGUCGGCGUGUUCCGGUACGCCAACACGUACCCCAAGGCCAUCGACCUCAUCGCCACGAAACCAAAGGGCCUGCCCGCGCUCGAGAAGCUGUUUACGCACCGGUACAAGGGGUUGAGCACCAUCAAGGACGCGUUUGACAUGGCGGCCAAAGUUAAGGACGAGAGCGGGAAUCUGGUGCUCAAGGUUUUGGUGGAUACGUCGAAUUAG